UGUCGGUGGCAUAGAUCAGCGUUAGAAAGCUCAAGAUGGUGGGUCUCGCCUGAUCUGUCACACGUCAGCAGUGACUGAUAAUUCGAGGAAAAUGCGGGCACGCCGUACUGAUAAAGCGAGAAAAUAAUUGAUAAACGCGAAACGUUAUCGUGCCGCGCUCGUGUGAUGCUGCAAGUCGAUUGUUCCUUCGUGGAUUCCGUCUGCUAACCUAGACGCGAUAUUGACGUGAAACGUGAAGAGAGGAAACAUGGGCUCGAACGAGGAGAACAAGCUUUCGAACGGUGACGUCGCGGUGCACCGAGACGUCGAGUGGGCCAAGUAUGGUUUGCGCGAUCCGGAAGCGCCAAGGAACGCGAAACGAGACAGCGAGGGCAAUAACAAUGCGCUUGGCCCGGAAAUGUAUCAGACUGGCGCGAACGAGUUAUUCGCGCAGGAAUACAGCUCGGAUCCUUGGUGGAAGUCGAACUUCUUCAUCUCCCAACCCGUGCUGUUUGGAACCUGGGACGGGGUCUUCACGUCCUGCCUCAUUAACAUAUUUGGAGUGAUCGUGUUCUUGAGAUCCGGGUGGAUAGUCGGCCAAGCAGGUGUUUUAAAUGCUAUGCUAAUCAUUCUGUGUACAGUGUGCAUCGCAUUGGUGACAGUGUUAUCAGCUGUGGGAAUAUGCGAGCGAUGCAGAGUCGAGAGUGGCGGAGUGUACUUUCUGUUGUCGCACGUGUUGGGCUCGAGAUUCGGCGGCUCCAUCGGAUUGCUUUACUGCUUCGGACAGGCGGUGGGUUGUGCUCUAAACGUUUUAGGUUUUGGGGAAUCGAUGGCCGGUCUUGUAGGUUUGGAGUCGGCCUGGGCACAGCGCGGUUUCGCGUGCGCAGCCGUCGUGCUGUUAUCCGUAAUCAACGUAGCUGGUGUUAAGUGGGUCGUAAAAUUGCAAUUUGUCCUUCUCUUGAUUCUGCUCUUUGCGGGAGUUGAUUUUAUAGUUGGAAGUUUCGUCCAUACCAAUGUUGAUGCCGGUUUCAACGGCUGGCUGUGGGAGAAUCUAAGAAACAACUCGUUCCCUGAUUAUCAGGAUGGAUACAGCUGGUUCACCGUGUUCGGUGUCUUCUUUCCGACAGUUACUGGUGUCUUGGCUGGAAUUAAUAUGAGUGGAGACCUCAGGCAUCCAUCCAGUGAUAUCCCGAACGGUACCUUGGCAGCUUUGGGAACUGGGACGCUCCUAUACGUUUGCUUCUCACUGAUCCUCGCGACGACUUGCAUCAGGAGCGCCUUACUUACAAACUUUACCAUCGCGUCGACAGUGUCGGCAAGCUCGGUGAUGCUACUCGCUGGCCUCUACGUUUCGUCGUUCAGCAGCUGUUUGGGCGCUAUGUACGGCACGCCUCGCGUUCUCCAGUCUAUUGCCAGCCAGAACGUCAUACCAGGAAUGAGCUGCUUACAGAGAGGGAAAGGACCAAAUAAAGUACCUGUAUACGCAAUGUUGGUUGUUGCCGUGGUAACUUUGACGUUCAUCAUCACCGGACAGAUCAAUACACUCGCACCGAUCGUGACGAUGCCUUUUCUAUUGACGUACGCGUGUUUGGACUACGCGUACUUCGCUCUCGCGCAAACGUUUGAUCUCCGACACACGCGCGAGCAGAGAUUCCGCACGCAGUCGCCGACAUUCGAUCGGAACUAUGGCUCCGCGAGCAGACACAGCUCGAUAACCGAUAUAGACAACGAUCUGGACAGCUUAUUCCCCGAGAGGAUCAGACACAAGAAUCUUGCGGUGAGAAAUCGCGUGCAACGUACAUCUGACAGUUUCUUCCUGUCCAGUUUCGAAGAACAUCAACUUAUCGAUUGUUAUUUGCAGAGGAACAACAGUAUUUCUGAUAAUAACGUGUAUGUGGACUCGUCGCCGAGCAUCGAGGAUAACGCUAGCGUAGCCAGUGCAUCCGAACGGAAGGUUCACAUACACAGUAAAUUGGGAAAUUGGUACAGUCCUUUGUGCAAUAGGUGGUUUUCGUUGUUGGGCUGUCUCGUGAAAUUGUUCAUAAUGUUUCUCGUACACUGGGGAUACGCUAUCGCUAACAUCGUGGUCGUGUUCCUCGUCUGGAGUUACGUCGGCCACGCUAAUCCGGCAGUCAAGCCCGGAGUUUCCGCGGAAUUCCAAUUUUUCAAGUGGCUUCGGACCGCGUUGCUCCGACUAAUGGGGAGAAAGGUUUACGACUACGAGCAAAUCGUGGUGACCCCGAUGCAUCCAGGCGUCGAGACGUGCUCGGCUCAACUGAACGAGGAGAAUGAAGAUUUCUCGGGGAGAAGGAGAUACCAUCAAACCGCGACGGUCACGGGCCAAUACGUUAACGUCGAUUAAACACAUGCACGCGAUCGUGCGAUCCGGAAUAACGCAUUUCGCUGAGAAAAUCACCUAACAUCUCGGUAGUGAACGUAUCUUUUUAGAACACGUUUCCACCGCCGAUUCAGAGAAGAUUAAGUAGAUUUUGUACUAAUACCCUAACAGCGUUCAAUAUGCUACUUAAGGAUGUGACGAGGAGCAGCUUGCAGUAAUUUUAUUUUUUGUAGCAACUAUUUUUAUCCUACUCUGUAAUAUUGUCACAGUCGCACAAAUAGCUAGCUAGUCCGAUCGUAUUUAAUGUGCAUAUGCAUUUAUAAAGUGGAGCGCGGUGUAACUGCUGCAGCUUUGAGAGUAUUAACAAUCGAACAAACAGCUGAUCAAACGCGAAGCUAAUUGUAUGAAACGUACAAAGAACUGAUGAUAAACGGUAGCGUCAGAUUUUUUAUAAGCAUUUACUCGUCGCCAUUGCCGUACGGUGAUUUGUCCCCACGACGUUCAAGCCUGACGGUUCAACCGAAGAAAAAUGUCGACCUGCUUAGUGAACCCCCCGUGACGACGGGAUUCAUCGUCUACGUGGCAUGAGAUUAUACUUUUAUAGCACUGCAAUUGUAAAUAAUCGAGCGAUAAUAACGGUACGGCAAUCGCAUCGCGCAUCAAAAUACUCUUGUAAAUACCUGAUAAUAUAUUUAUAAUACACUUAUUUAACACUUUUGUAAUUCUCGGAAACGCACGAACAAAUUUGUAACUGCAGAAAGGAAUAUACAUGUAUGUGUGAAA